AUGGAUCCUCCGCCUCAAGGUGAACCGCAUGUUAGAAUCCACAAACGAGAAAUCAUUGGGACUCGUCUGCUUCAAAGAGAGACAAAUGGAUGCAAUGGUCGGAAUAUUCCUCAAGUUCCCCUAGCUUUCAUCGCACCUUGUGUUAUUACUACCCUAACUCUUGGAAUGGUCUACAUGGAGACUCCUUGCGAGCCAAGCAAUGGUACUUCCGCUGGGACUGUCGUUUCAAUUAUUCGUGACCACGCUAUUAUUGUCAGUGCGCCUCACCCAGAUAACUUCCAAUUGGCUGUCAUGAACAUUGACGAAGGCAUGAAGAUCAUUGAGAAUCCUCUUUACCGUUAUGUACGUCUCGUUGUUAAUUUAAUCGCCGUUUGGACUUUCAAGCCAAUAUUCCCAGCAGAGAAUCCAACGUUGACAUCUCAAGACGCCACAAUUAUCAUACCCUCUCUGCUGGGCUACGGAGAUGAACUAAAAGUGACCCUCCGAUCCGUCCUUAUUAACGAGCCGUUCCAAAUUAUUCUCGUAACAAUUGAUAGCAAUAGGGGGAGCGCAGAGAAAAUGCUUAGGACAAUGCCCGCAUCAAAAACUCGGAUCCAACUGCUUAGCAUCCCAAAACCAAACAAAAGACGCCAAAUGGUGCGUGCUAUUCCCGAGGUCCAAACUAAGAUUACGGUAUUCGUGGAUGAUGAUGUUAGCUGGCCACCAAGGGAGCUGGCAUGGCUAUUGGCUGUUUUUGAAAAGGACCCUAUCUAUGGAGGAGUAGCUACAUGCCAGAGGCUAAAGGAAUCAGACUCAUCACUGUUCUCCAUAAAGCGGGUGUGGGACUUCCUAGGGGCAUUGUACCUGGAGCGUAGGAAUUUCGAUUGUGCUGCGACAACGCAUGUGGACGGAGGCAUGCCCUGCCUCUCUGGACGGACCUCUGCUUACCGGACCAAAAUCCUUCAGGAUCGGGACUUCACCUACAAUUUCACAAAUGAGGAGUGGUGGUUUGGGAAAUAUGAAUUGAAUGCAGAUGAUGACAAUUUCCUGUCGCGCUGGAUGGUAUCGCACGGUUGGGAAACAUAUUUCCAAUACCAUCCAGAGGUGGAAAUCCAGACAACGCUUGAAAGCAACUCUAAGUAUCUCAAGCAAUGCGUUAGGUGGUCCCGGAGUAAUUGGCGGAGUAAUCUCACAACCCUGAUUCAGGAGCAAGUCGUUUGGUACCGCCAACCAUGGAGCACCUAUGCUGUCUAUCUGACCACCCUGUCGCCGCCAGCUUUGGUUGGAGAUUUGGCCCUUGUCGUAUUAUGCUACUAUGGCACAAAGGAUUGGGACGAGUGCUCUCGCAUGUUCACACUGAAGGCUUUGGCUCUAUGGAUGUUCGUCAGUAAAUUUAUCAAGCUCCUCGGUCACUAUAUUCGAAAUCCAGCCGAUUUUCUCCUUUUACCCGUGUCAAUUCUGUUUGGAUAUUUUCACGGCCUGAUAAAGCUCUACGCUGCUUUUACACUUAAUGUGACCACAUGGGGCACCCGCGAUGGUGCUGAUGCUAGUGAUUCAGAACGCAUGCGGGAAAAGCCCCGAAGAUGA